CGCGUUCGGCUCGAGGGCACAAAGAGCCUGCGUUAUCACCAGUGUAUAUAACCGGCGGGCGCUGCGCGCGCGCACAUUCGCCCCUCUAUUUCUCACGCCGCACGAACGUUUCCCCUUUGUCAUUUCCACCGGCGCGCGAGUUUCCACCGCGCGAGUGAGACUCAGUGAUUCAAGAUGACUUCCAGUGACUUUAGAAUUGAAAGAAAUGUGGAGUUGUCAGACGAGACGAAGGCAAUAGCUGAGCAGGAGCUGCGUGAAACACCAGAAAGAGUUCGAGAAGCAUUGGAAAGGCUCAAAGAGCUUAUGAAGGAAAACAAAGAUUUAUAUUUUGGUGAUGACGAUGAAUUACUUACGAUAUUUUUACGUCCAUGCAAGUGGUAUCCAGAGAGUGCUAUAGCGUUGAUGCGUCGGGUUGCAGAAUUCAAACGCGACAAUGCCAGCCUCCUCGACGGGUUGUUGCCUGAACAUGAGAAGGUGGCCUUCGAGGAUCACAAAGUUGUGAAUGUUAUGAAGGGCCGUGACGAUAAAGGCAGAAGAAUACUCAUUGUUAGUGUUGGAGGUACGUGGGACCCUAAGAAAGUGAACGCAGACCAAUUGUUCAGGCUGUUUUACUUGAUCCACGAGGCAGCCAUGUUGGAGCCAGAGUCUCAGGUGCGAGGGACCGUCGUCCUGAUGGACUUCCACAAAAUGGGCUGGAGUCAGACUAUGGGUCUCACACCGGCGUUCUCCAAGCGCCUGCUGACUUUUAUACAAGAUGCUUUGCCUCUUCGGUUGAAAGAGGUGCACUUUGUCAAGGAGCCCAUGAUCUUCAAUGUUGUGUGGAAAAUGUUUAAGCCUUUGAUUAGAGAAAAACUAAAAACCAGAAUAUUUUUCCACGGCUCCAAUAUGUCUUCCCUCCACAAACACAUCAAGCCGACUCACCUGCCCAGCGACUACGGCGGUGAGUUAGAUGAGAUCGACUACUCGGCUGCUGACUGGUAUCCAGUCAUCAAUGACGUUCUACCGCACAUCAAUAACUGGAACUCCUAUGGUUUUGUCAAAAAAACGUAAACAAAACUUAGUUAUUAAGCAAACUGCCAUUGCAAACUAUUAUUAAAUAGUUUUGGCAGGUAUAGCAGGGAAUUAAGUAGUUAGAACUUUGCCAUAAAUAAAUUUUAUUUUAAUUUGAAGAAUUGUUUAGGGUAGGUAGUAAAUUUUAAAAAUAACUGCAGUAGGUAAAAAUGAUCAUUUUAUGGAGGGUACCUAGUAAAAGAAAACUUUUCUCAUAGAUACCUAAAGUGAUAUACGAUACGAUAGUGAGAUAUACGAUAAAGUUAGAUUGAAUUUAGAGUCACUCAACCAUCCAAGUAAGAAGCGUUUUUUUUUAUAUUUUACAAACGUUGUCAGAAAGCUGUGUCUUACAACUUGGGAUUUCUAAAGGAAUCGUUUUCAUAAAAAAAAUAUUUUAUAUCUAUGUAUAAAGAAUUCUUAAUGCAGUUUCUAUCCUCCAAAGUUUGAAUAUUUGUUAUUGGAGGGUAGAACGUAAGAUAAUUUACCUACAUUCGUGCUACGUGGCGCCACUUUAUUUUAACGCAUCCCAACGGCAACUUUUUAAAAGAAACUGUUUAUUUGAUGAAACGCUACUCUCCAUAUCUAAUAGCUAUUAAAAAGUGAACUACCCUAUUGCUAGUAAUAGAAUUUCGAGAUUGCUCAGUACCACGUCUACAUUUUUUAAAUUAUAUUUAUAAGGAAAUUGGACUGCAUUAUAAAGCCUAAGUGUUAAUUAAAAAUGUAUGUUAUUCUAAGCGACGACGUUUUAUACAAAAUAAUAAUUAUGAUAUUUUUGAUACGUAGAUUUGUUAACAAAUAUUAUCUGUAGAUAGUAUACUAUUUUAGACACAAAACGUAUAGUUAUAUAAUAAUAUAAACAGUAUGUUUUUAUUGUUAAAAUAUACGUAGGUACAAAUUGUUAUCAUUUAUUGUAUUUAUGAGUAGAUAUCAUUUAUAAUGUCAGUGUGAUUUGUAAAAAUGUAAUAAUAAAUACUUGUUUAUAAUAAAUAUUUUAGGACGCAUUUUACACGAAACAUUGCUAAAAAUAGUGUAGCUGUAGUAGAUAAAAUAUUAUCUAAAUAUUCUUAUGACAUCAUUUUUUUAUACUUUUAAUUCAAUAUAAUUAGUAAAUUACAAUUGGGAGCAAAGAAAUCAAAAACUUAGUUUGUCGAUGUUCUAUUUUUAGUAUUUCUAAAGUAACAUUUCUUUUUACUAAGAGCGUUAACAAAUACUAAGAGUUUUCGAUUCCAAUUCAUUUAUUUUUAAAGACUAUUAAAUAAGCUAUCAAACGGCGUUUGUUUCACUUUAAUACGCCUCAGGCAGCUCGAUUUCUUUGGUCUCAAGUGUUAAUGUGUCCCAGAAUUAGGUAUUACAGUGUUAAUCUAUGUGGAGCUCAAGCAAAUUGUUAAUAAUUAAUGUUCAAAUUAGGUUAAGAUUUUAUAUGUUUAAUACAACUCAAUGCUUUCAGGACCUAUUGAUCCGAUUCGCGAUUGAUCAAUUAGCUGGUACUAAUCCAGUUCUAAAUGAUUAAAGAAAUUGUGAUCAUUCAAUGAAUUGUCGUUAUAUAUCUUUCUGAGCCUAAACGUUCGUUCUUUGUACUAGAUUACAGGCAAUUAAUAUAUUAGGUUGUAACAUUAAAUAUUUAUAAUGUGUAUGUAAUGAAUUUAGUAAAAAUUGAGCAUAUUUCAUGACAAAAACAGUAACCAAUUCUUUCUGUCGUACCUAUUUAUUUUAACUCAAUUAUUAGUUUUUUUAACUUUAUUAAUUUUGUCCUGGUAUCAUAACUAAAAUAAACUUCGAUUUUAUAUUUAAAUAUUCAACGCGCCAAUAUAAUAAAAUAAUGGCGAUAUAUUACUUUCUUUAUGUCAUCAGGGUUUAUCUAGAAUUCUAGAAGGAAUAGGUAAUUAUGAGUAUGUGUUUAGUGUAAAUUUACUGUGGCUGUGAGUGAUAACGAUAUCUUUACCAGUUACAUUCAUUAUGUUAACAACUUGUGGGUCCAAUUCAGUACAUUUAAUUAAAGUUAUAAUUAAUGUUUCUCGAGUGCUAUCCUUAGCGUUGUUUAAUCGUUAGUUACUAACAUAAUUUCGUUUAUCAUUAAUUUUAAUAUUAAUCUUCAAUUUGUAGUACCUAUCUUCGUAAAUAAUUUAAAUAUUUCGUUUGUAAGCUUACUAAAUAUAGUUUUUAAUACAAACUGAAUAUUGUCACCAAAUAUUUUUGAUAAGUAAUUAUUUUUUGCGGAGACGAAUAAUUUUUUAAUUAGACAAAUAUAACUGUAUGUAAAGGAAAAAUUUUAUGUGUAGGAAACCAAAUCAUUCCCAAAAUAUUAUAUCAAAACAUUAAGUAUCUGUUCAUUGCUCAAUUACAGUACCUAUGUACGUGUGUGAAACAUUUUGUUCAGUAAAUUAUAAUUCUAUAUAUUGAA